AUGUCAACAUCUUAUUAUCAUACCAACCAUCAUCAUUCUCCUACACCAACCAUACAUCACUUAAUACAGAAACGAGCCAAUGCGAUAAGUUCAAUUCCAUUCUCACUAACUACCACCACAUUUAUCGAUUCACCUUCGCCUCUGAUCGCUCCUAGCGGAAUGGGAAUUGUCGAGGUUUCGCCAACGGCAUCUUCACCUUCUUUAUACUCUAGAGUAGGCCAUUCCAACUCACCUCAAAUCCACGCGCGUACUCAGAUGAUCAAGACAUCGAGAAAGCUACAGGUUUUAUCGCAAUCAGAAAUGACGCACAGAUAUUCAGCAGAAGACGAUCCAUACCAUCAUGAAGAAGAGGAGGAAGGAGAGGAGGAAGAUCCAAGGAGGAUGUCGAUGGUUGGUGGACCGAGAGUGAGGAAGUAUACACAGGUACCGUGGGAAGAAGAGGACAGUGAGGCACAGUGGUCGAUGGUCACCCAAAACACAAUCUCUGAUCGUAGUCAAGCGGGGGGAGUGACAGUAGUAGGUUCAGCAGAUAUGUUCAGUGGAUUCAACAGAAGCAAAUCAAGCACCACUCCCGGUGGUUAUGGUAGAAAUCUCAGAUCGACUGAAAGAGAGAGAGAACAAAGUACGAUAUCUACCACUUCGACCAUGAUGUCCAGCUCGGACAGUCCUUCUCUCAAUGUUUCGUCGACAAGAAGAGGUCUAGCCCAGAUAAAAGGUGCGACUUCCAACAAGGAUAAGGACAAUAAUCAUGCAAAACAUUUGGUACCUUCUGUUUCGGGAUUGAGUUUGGCCAGUAAUCAAACUUCUUCAACUUCAUCGACUUCAUCUUUUUUAUCUGAUUCAACUCCAAUCACACCAAAGUUGAAAUCUACCAAUGUCAUCCAAAUUAGUCAUUCACCUUUGCCCAAUAUCAGCGACAAGAAAGAUAAAAGGAUAGAUACCUUCCAUCAAGGUGAAUAUGAGAAUCUAAAUCAUACCAGUGCGAUCGGCCUCUUACCUGCUGUGAUACCCAAAUCAACUGUCCUUUCGACAUAUAAGAAACCCCAAUCGCCACUUAUCGAUAACUUAACUCUCACCCCGACUCCUGGUCCUACUGGAUUCGCUGCGAACGAUCGACCAUUGAUGAAUAGCGGAUCACCAGGGUUCGGACUGAUCAGUCUGGAAGCAGCUCAAGAGAGAGAAAGACAGAAGAGUCAGAGUCAGUCCCAGAAUCAAAAUCAAAAUCAAACGCGCUCGCACGAGACAUUCCAUACUCAAUCUAGUACGCACAGUAGAUCAACGACUUUUAUCUCUGUCGAUCAGCAAAAAAGACCUUUGACCACAUUUUUAAUCCCUCCUAUACCUGACGACCCAAAUGUCAAUGUCUUACGUCCCACCACUUCAUGUACAUCCGCAUCCUCACCACCGAAUAAAGUGAAAUCGAAGAAAUCAGGAUUAAUGAGAUUAUUCAACAAGUCAGAGAAAGAUAAGUCAGUCCAUAGUAAUAUACCUGUACCGGCUUUACCUCAUACAACCAAUAGUACCAGUGGGAAUGGGCCAACAAUGACUCCUUCGUUGAAAGGCAGAGAUGGUGUUAGUAGUAGAGCAAUGUCAAUUUGGUCUUCUUCUACAACUAACGAGAAUCCGACUUCGACUUCGAUGGGAAUUGUACAUGGUGAAAGUGCGGUAUGGCCCUCUUCAUCCCUCAAGAUGAGUCAAGGGGUACUACCACAUGGUGGUCAAGGUGAAGAUGAAGAGAAAAGACAAUUUGAAGUAUCAUCAUCAUCAACUUCACAGCCGAAAUUGGAAUUACGUCCAAUCAGUAUGACAUUCUCGAGAGGUUUACCUGUAGAUUACCUCGUCCACCUACAGCCCUCACAUACAAAGAGAAACCAUCGUGAUGAAGAUCCAUCUCCCCCCUCGGUACCUUGUACACCCACAUCAUCAAUGACGAAGAAGAAACCCAUUCCUGCUGAUGAAGAAGUGGUGAAUAACAAGAUGAUGAUGAAUGUGAAAAAAGCAUUUACAAUUCAGAUAUACGAGUUGGAAGCUCAGAUUCGCGAGUUGAAAGAUGAGUUGAAAGAUGCCCGAGCGAGAAAAGUGUUAGAAGGGAAUUGUGAUAAGUGUGGAUGUACUUGUAAUUUCUUUCAAGAUCAAGAUGAUAAGGAUGAUAAUAUGUUGUUAAAUGUAGGAUCAAAUACAAGUGGGAAUGGGAAUGGGAAUAGGAAAGUGAUUGACAGAGCUAGGGUAAAAACGGCCGGGGCAAGAGGUGUUUUCGGCUCAGGUAGUUUGUACGAAUGGGAAUAA